UGUAACUUGUGGUCGAUUCAGUUCAUACGCGUCUACUGCUGGCAUCUGACGUUCGAAAGGCAGGAGCGUCACUGUUUGGUGGUUUUGGAAAAAGAAAAAAAAAAUCACCGAAAAAAUCGAUUAUUCCUCGAAUUUUUGUUGUUUAAUGACAUUUUUUGCGUUUAUUGAGAGUCGGUCAACAUUUUGUUACUCCUGGACGUGCGCGACCCCUUAAUUAUGGUGUUUUUGUUUCGUUCCACGUGCAAAUCGAUAAAAGCCAUUGCACCUUUUCCGUAGUCUCGAUGACUCAACGUGCAGUGCGAUUCCGCACGUCGAGUCGGUCUGCGAUCCCUCAGACGCUUUGUCAUUGUUGUUUGACACUCGAAGGCUCGUUGACAGCGCCAAAAAUCCGUUUUUACUGCAAAGAUUGGGUCGAUUUCCGGUGGCGUUUGGGGAUGGAGACUUCCGGUUUCCGGUGGCAUUGAAAAUUCGUGUGGUGACUUUUUAACUGGGUGCGGAUGAGCAAAGGAGGAGUGUCAAAAUCCUUGGUCGAUCAAAAUUGAAAUAUUUGAAAGGUUGACAAUGAAGGAGGUUUUGACAGCUGUCAUUGGAUCCUGGAUUUUGGUGCUUUUCGUCGGGUUUGGGGACACGAGAUACAUGGAGGGGCUCAAUGUCAAUCUUGGCGAAGCGUUACAAUUUCUCCGAGAAUACGAUCGCGAGGCUUCGAUCGCUUGCAGCCGGUUGACAAUGGCACAAUGGAAUUUCGCGACGAACAUCACCGACGCCAAUCGCCGUAGAAUGCUCGAGGAACAGACACUCAAACUCAAGUUCGAAAGAUCCUCGUGGCGAAAGGCCAUCACCUUCGCCUGGACCAGGAUUCCCGAUCCCCUGACGAGGAGGCAACUUAAAAAAAUCGUCGUGAAAGGUCGAAACGCCCUGACCGACGACAAGUUCAACGAGAUUCACCACCUGAUCGUCGAGAUGAAGGAACUUUACACCAGGACGAGGUUGUGUCCUUACAAAAAAAUGGGAGCUUCGUGCAAUCUGGAUCUCGAUCACGACGUCGCCAAAAUCAUGGCAGAGUCGAGAGACUACGACGAGCUUCUACACUAUUGGCGCGCUUGGCACGAGGCCGUUGGGCCACCAUUGAAAAACAAGUACAUGAGAUACGUGCAACUGGCCAAUCAAGCUUCGAGGCUCAAUGGUUUCGCCGACGCCGGUGAGCAGAUGCGGGACUCGUUCGAGGAGGAUUACUUCCAGCAGAACAUAGCCGAGGUGAUAUCGGCGAUAACGCCACUGUACAAGAACCUGUUCACGUACGUGAGGUCCAAGCUGCUGGAGCGCUACGGGGGCGAAAAGUUGCGCGAGGACGGUCCCCUUCCGGCCCACUUGCUCGGGAACAUGUGGGCCCAGAAUUGGGAGGGUAUUUACGAGCUCGUGGAGGCGUUUCCGGCGGCGAGGAAGUUGGACGUGACGUUGGACAUGAUGAUUCAGGGUUUCACGCCGUUGAGGAUGUUCCAAAUGGCCGAGGAGUUCUUCACGUCCCUGGGGAUGAAGCCCAUGCCUCCGGAGUUCUGGCGGUCCUCGAUGUUCGAGAAGCCGAUCGAGCGGGAGGUCAAGUGCACGCCGAGCGCUUGGGACUUCUGCAACCGGUUGGACUACCGGAUAAAGCAGUGCACGAGGCUCACCACCGAGGAUUUGCUCUCGACCCACCACGAGAUGGCGCACCUCCAGUACUACUUGCAGUACAAAGACCAGCCGUUGAUUUUCAGGGGCGAGGCUCUGCCUGGGUUCCACGAGGCCGUGAGCGACGCGAUCGAGCUGUCGAUCGUGACGCCGCGCCACCUCCACAGGAUCGGUUUGUACAACAAUUCCACGGAGGAUUACGAAACGAACAUCAACUUCCUGAUGCUCAUGGCGCUCCGGAAGGUGGCGUACUUGCCCUUCGCCUACAUCGUCGACCAGUGGAGAUGGCGCGUCUUCAGCGAUGGCGUCGUCGACAUGACGACCAGGUGGUGGGAACUCAGACUCCAGUACCAAGGCAUCGUCCCACCGACGAUCCGCACCGAGAGGGACUUCGAUCCAGCCUCAAAGUAUCACGUCCCGGCCGACAUUCCUUACGCCAAAUACUUCGUCGGCGUCGUCCUCCAGUUCCAGCUGUACGAAUCCCUGUGCGAAGUCUCCGGGCAUACGGGCGAUCUCCACACUUGCGAUCUCUACCGGUCCAGAGAGGCGGGGAGACUGCUCACGGAGAUUCUAUCGCCAGGCUCAUCGAGAAGCUGGCAGGACAUCGUGAGGCAAAUGACGCGAGGAAAAACCAACAGAAUCGACGCGAGCGCGCUGAUCCGUUACUUCGAGCCGUUGAACAAGUGGCUGAAGCGUCAGAUCCAGAUGGAGCCGGUAAUCGGUUGGAUAACGAGUCAGGAGGACACGGCUCUUUUCGCCCACUGGUACGGGAGCGGGGGUCAUUCGACGAGGAGCUCCUUGACCUCGACCUUGGUCCUCGUCUCGUUGAUUUUCCUCGCGUAGCUCGGAGCGCGGAAACUUUAUUUUCCUCACUUUU